UGUGGUCCAUGCUGAUAUUUGAAAUGCUUUGAAAUGGAACUAGGAGAGAAUCAACCUAUGAAAUGGGCGAUGAGGUUGAGGGUUGCUUUUUAUCUAUCGCAAGCUUUGGACUACUGCAGUAGCAAAGGUCAGGCAUUGUAUCACGAUCUUAAUGCUUAUAGAGUCUUAUUUGAUCAGGAUGGUAAUCCUAGACUCUCUUGCUUUGGCUUGAUGAAGAACAGUAGAGACGGGAAGAGUUAUAGUACAAACUUGGCUUUCACUCCGCCCGAGUACUUGAAAACAGGAAGAGUGACCCCUGAAAGUGUAGUUUACAGCUUUGGAACAAUGUUGCUAGAUCUUUUGAGUGGAAAGCAUAUUCCUCCAAGCCAUGCACUUGAUCUAAUUCGGGGGAAGAAUUUUUUGAUGCUUAUGGAUUCUUGUUUGGAGGGUCAUUUUUCAAAUGAUGAUGGAAGUGAGUUUGUUCGGCUAGCCACUCGCUGUUUACAGUAUGAGGCACGUGAGAGGCCAAAUGCAAAAUCUCUCAUCACUUCACUUAUGUCUCUUCAGAAAGAAACAGAGGAUUUUAGGGUGAAAGAUUAA